CUUUUUUCUUCUCUCUCUCUCUCUCUCUCUCUCUCUCUCACGCUCUCUCCUGAUUUUGCCCUCAAUUAUUAAAAUAUACACAGAAAAAGAGAACGCAACUGCUCUCCCUCCCGGCGGUGAAGCUCCGGAAUCUGAGAAAGGAGAUGAUGGAAGGAGGAGGAGGAGGAGGAGGAGGAGCGCCAUCGGCGAAGUCAAUACUGGAGAAGCCUCUGAAGCUACUGACGGAAGAGGACAUUUCUCAGCUAACACGCGAGGAUUGCCGCAAAUUCCUCAAGGAGAAAGGAAUGCGAAGACCUUCGUGGAACAAAUCCCAGGCGAUCCAGCAAGUUUUAUCCCUCAAAGCUCUCUUUGAGCCCCCCGGCGACGACUCCGGCGCCGGCAUCCUCCGCAAGAUCCUCGUUUCUCACCCUCCACUUCCCUCUCGCGUCACCACACCCUCGACAGAGCCAAGCAACGAGCUGGGAGCUUGUGGCCAGAUUCCUUUUCAGGAAGAUGAUGGCCCAUGCCCAAGGAGAGAUUCUCCCAGAUCAGCUGAGUUCUCCGGUGGCUCUGCUCCUCACUAUGUUGCCGACAAAGACACCUACAAGUCUCUCUCUCCCAGCAGAAGCCCAGCAGAAACAAGUGCGCUGGCUGGGCAAAUGACGAUAUUCUAUAAUGGAAAAGUUAAUGUAUAUGAUGGUGUACCACCUGAAAAGGCUCGGUCAAUCAUGCACUUUGCAGCCAAUCCAAUUGAUUUUCCUGAAAAUGCUGUUUUUCCUUCUACUAGAAUGAUUUCCAGGCCCGUGAGUAAAGAAAAGAUGGUAGAGCACUCCCACUAUGACCUUGAGAAGGCAAAUGCUUCUCGUGAUUCUGAUGCGGAGGGUCAGGCGAACAGAAAAGUGUCGUUGCAAAGAUAUCGUGAAAAGAAGAAGGAUAGAUUGUUUAAGACCAAGAAGGCUCCAGGAGUGGGAUCAUCUAGCUUGGACAUGUAUCUGAAUCGUAGUCAGCCACUGAUGAACGCUGCUGCAUAUUCACAAAACCUUAGUGGCGGCGGCACAGGAGGAGAACACCAGUCAGCUCAAAACCAGACAAGAAGCCCCAAUCUCUCAGUUGAUCUGAACUGUGAUCUAAACUGUGAAGAUAUCUAACACGAUGCAUAAAGCCGGGGUAAGCUCAUCACACGAAGAAGAAGAACAUUUGAUGUUCUUUGAAAAUAAGGGAUACAAAAGCAGACAAGGAAUGUUCAUUGUAUGGAAGAAACAUGGCUUAAAGAAUGAGCUGGAGGAGAAGUCUUGUGAUCUCGAUUAUCUGUUUUUUCUUUUUGUUGUUUUGUUUCGGGUCUGUAGUUUUGAGUUAGGUUAGUGACGGAAAUGUUCUUUGUUUCAGCAUAGAGACAAAGAGAGAGUGAGAGAACGGCGGGGGAUUUUUCUUCCGGUCUGUAUUAUGUAAAUGUUGACACUUCUGAAAAUGAGACCUCUUUUUCUAUUGAUACCAAAACUUUUGAGUUUC